UAUGCUAACUUUAAACAAUACAAGGUUUAUUCUAGCGUAUUAAUAAUGUCUUUAGUGAAUCCAAAUAAACAUAUAUCUUAUUGGGCGAACUGUCCUGCUGAUAUUUUGCUAGUAAUUUUCAGGAAAUUGGAUUUUAAAUCUUUGUUGAAUUCCAUGUUUAUCAACAAAUAUUGGCGAGAUGUUGUUGAAUAUUACUGUCAUCAUUUUAAUAUCUGGGACAAGUUGAUAGAACAUGGAAUUGAUAAUAAAGGCAUGUCUUUUUGUGAAAAAUCUACAUUGGGCUAUAGAGAUAUUAUUCAAUGUGCUCAGCGAUGGUAUAAUGUUAAAAAUGCUGCUGUACGUUUCCAUCAUCAUUAUACAUUUGAAGUAGUUAAAAGUAUAUGUGUUUAUAAGGAUAAUCUUAUAGUUGUGACAAAUGAGACUGUGAAGUAUUUUUCCCUUGAAAAUUUUCUACUUAUGAAAAUUUUAAACAGAACAUGCCUUAAAUAUGAGGAAACUAGCUCAUUAAGAGCUAACUUGAGUCUUCCAAUGGAUGGUGUGAUUGGAUACAAUGUACUUACGCUUAUAAAUAAAUUACAUAAUGAAGACUGUGAUUGUACUCAAGUAAGAAAGGCUGAGCUUUAUGAUAUAAGUACAUACAAAGUGUAUUCGAACUGUUGCUAUGUUAUUGACAUAAAGAAUGUUCUAUGGGUGUACAAAGCCGAUAAAUGUGAAUGGGGUGUUAAUUUUAUGGCAAGAUACUACGGCAAUAAAGAUUCCAUAUGUGGUCUGAACGUAAACCAGGAGGAAGUGUAUGUUUUACUGAAGAGAGGAGAUGUCCUUCGUGUUGAUAAGGAAUGCAAGAAGUUUGAGAAGGUUUUUGAAUUAGAUGUUCCAAUGCAUUACUUGGAUACGAAGCCGUAUAUGUUUGGGGACUACAGUGUAUUAUGUGCGGUUCCGACUGAAAAGGAGUUCCAAAUCCACUCACAAAAAGGAGGAGACCAAAUAGUAGCUGCUUGUCCCGGGCUCACAUGCGUGAUGGAACACGGACACGUCUUGCUAUUGGGAUACGAAGAUGGCAAGAUCGAGAUUUUCCUCACGAAUAAUUUGAUAAAAAAUUUAACUACACCAGAGCUGCGAUUCUUUUUACAAAGCUAUUCAGAAACAACUAUGACAAAAAUCAUCGCCUUGGACGUGUAUGAAGACAGACAUGGCCAUCAUCUCUUCGUAACCACCAAAAGUAAUAUCUACGAGCUCUUGAUAUACGACAAAUGACAUAAUACUAUUAUUUUUAACGUGACACUUCUUAAUAGCCGACUCGAUAAAAAUUAAUACGAGAUUUAAGAAAAAAAAAUUACGGACGUGUCACAUUUAGGCACAUUUCGCUGCAUGUGAGAGAGAGAGAGAGAACAGAUAUGUCUUCUUCUUUAAUAAGAAAGAGAGCUAUAUAUGUAUACAGUCACUGCGCUAGUGGAGCAAAGGAGAGCGAUAUAAAGCGAUAGAAUAAGAUAGGUUCGUACAUAUUCGCGUUGUAGAUCUACGCCUUCCACGCUACAUAUUAUGAACUAUAUACACAGGUGUUGCUAUUUUUUUUUUAAGUUUCACUAAUGUUAUGUAUACUGUGCUGCACGCGUUUUUUUUUGUAUUUUAUUUAAACAAUUAUGAGGCAAAGGUGGUAAUUAUUGUCGUUCCGUUUUAUACUUGAUUAUAUUUGAUUGUUGAUAAUUUUAUUUAGUAUAACGGUACAAAAGUAUGGUGUAAUUAAUACAGGUGUAGUUCAGAUUAGAAUAGGCUAAAGAUUCCCGGAAUU